AUGGGAGUUCUCAAGACCUUAGAACAGGGAGUAUAUAUCUACCUUCUGGUUAUUUCGCUAUGCAACACCAGUGUUAUCGUCGGCGAUGUUUUGAGAGGAGAAAAAGAAGGCUACUAUGCAUUCGAAGAGGCUCCGUCUCGUUUCAUGAGACCACCUCAAGUACGUAAACCACCUUACAUGAUGUCCACCGUCCCUUGCCAGACAGGCGGAAGUUCCAAACGCCCAUCCCCCAAGUAUACGUUGUGUGGUGACCUGAACAAAGGCUUCAUCCCUUUAAAUCCCUUGGGACAAGAGUUCAAUGGUCAACCAUAUCCUUUUGAACUCAUAAAGAACAAGACACUGGUGUUCUUAUCGAAGGCUUUGCCGUACUUAAAGGAAGACCCAAAGAUCCCGAAAGUUUCGAAAAUCACCGCGAAGAAGCCCACAUACGCUGCAGCUAAUUCCAAUUCCCAGGACUACCAUUGGCAAACGAACACCCCCCAUCGCAUCAGGAGAUCGGCUAAUGAGAGUACGAAUGGAACGACAGAAGACAUCCUCCUCGAUAUCUUAGAUAACGAAACGACUGCAAGACAGAAUUGCGACCAAGGCGGAGCUUCGGGAUUAUUAUGCACUUUGUCGUCCGUCAUGUCUAACAACAAGAUUCCACUGGCCCUCAUCAGUGCCGUGGCUCAGAGCUUCGCGUCAUCGAUGACUUCUUCGACCCCAGCACCACAGGAAUACACUACAGAACGGCCAGUGUCCUAUCAUGCCCAAGAAUCUUCUGACAGUGGUGGCAGUGGGAGCAAUGGAGGAGGAAGCAUGACAGAUGCAAUAAUCAGUCUUCUAGGAACACUGGCCCAGAUGGGGCUGGGCGAUAAAGGACCCGGAUCAACGAAAGACUCGUCGCUGAGUGAAGAAGAGCCAUCUACAUUGGCUCACGUCAUGUCUGUUUUAACUGGAGCAUCUCCAGGGAGUGGUAGUCCACUGUCUCUCGUUCUGAAACUCAUGACAAGUGAAGCCUCCCCAUUAAAAGCACUAACAGGUGGAUUUCCCAGCAGAAAACGCCGUCCGGUUGGCGAAGAUCUCAUGGCUGCAGAAUCCAAUGUUAGGAAACCACAAGAAAACUAUUUGGAUUUACCACCAACGCCGUGUCCAUCUUCCGAGGAGUAUGUCACACCAACAUUCGCAAGGAAUUAUCAAGGAGUAUGGAAAUAUGUCGUUCAGAUACCUCAAGAAGGAUAUUUCACUCAGACCGUACAACAGACGAAAUGCAUGCGAAACCGUUGCGACUUCAUGGAGGGCAUAUGCCACGAAUCUCCUCGAUGGGUGAGCUUACUGGUCGCAGAAACUUAUUACCCAGAUUCCUUCAUCCCAGCCGCUUCCACGGCGCCUCCUCCACCCCCACCUGUAGAAGACUUCUACAACUUCCAACAGUAUUUGAAACGCCGGGUGGGAGAAGUAGACGACGACCCAACUUACAGAGCACGUCCAGUUUAUAAAGAUAAAAAAGUUAAAGCUCAGCAACAUUGUGAUGGCGUUGAUCACAUUGGUUGCUUUGUUGUCAGACUGUAUUAUGACUGGUUUUUGGUAAAUGGAUCUUGUAAAUGUUGGAAACCCUCGCCUAAACGAGUGCUGACUGGUAGAUAAUGCGCAAAAGCGAACGCUGAAUACAAGGCAAAUUGUGUUGCGCUCCUAUGAAAUGAAGCCAAAAAUAGUGUAAAUACACGUUGUACACGUGAGUGGUAUUGUUAUAAACUUCAUAAAUAAGUGUGAACUGGUU